AUGGGACAGCAAGCAGAUUGUCAUAGAGGCAGCGUUGUGGCUUUUGAGGGAAAGGCCGACAUCGUCUCAACUCAGCUUCGACUUCUUCCUACUUCACCGCAACUUCUCAUACUACCGAGUGUGGAUUCAUACCUCGAAUCCGGAGACGAAGACGACGGCCAAUGGCUGGAUGUGCGUUUUUUUAUUCGCCGAGUUCACGAUGCUGUCUUGGCGCGGAGUGAGGUUGCGCGGAACUUCUUGAACGGUGCAACUGCAAACCAUAGGCGGCUGGUUUUUCUUAACGGAGGCGCCCCAGCAGCACAAGCCCUCUGCAUCAAGGAAAUAAUGAAGCAUGAAACUCAUGGCGACAGAGCAGAAGCUGAAUCCAUGUUCCAAGACAUCAUCAAGGGUGGCUUGGCAGGUCUCGAAAAGCCGAUAUCAGACAUGGGUAGGGAAGACCAAGAUGAUUUCAAUCAGUCAACGGCCACUAACAAUGAGGAAGAAGUGGAAGCGGACCCGAUUACGAGAGCCAUGAGAGCAGCUGAUGCCCUCGACCGCCAAACAGCCAACCUGCAACCCUGCAACACCUUCGAAUUGGGUCAUCCCUGCCGACCACGUAGCUCGAGUUUGCCAUUGUAUGGAUUUUUGGACGAAUUCGAGGACUCAACGCCUUUCUACGUAUUUGGUCUCGCAAGACCAGAUGGAGAUGGUGCUCGCGAUGAAUGUCCAGAGAAUCUCAGCGAGCCUCCGACUCCGAGCGUGGUGGUCACCAGUCCGAGACAGCUACCUGAAGAUGGAUCUCGCCUUGGGCUACCUCUUUCAUACACCUUCAAUCCCGCUAGCUGCAUUGGGGAGACGUAUGAAUCCAUCACUCAUGAUUGCCAGCUGGAAGCAGCAACUGUCUCGCCUUCGUCCGACGCCUAUAGUCUCCGAUCAACUGAUAAGGUUGUCUACGGAGAGGCCUCUGUCUUGGAUAUGAGAAAUUAUUACCGACGAAAUUCAUUGCAUCGAGUAAGAUCUCUGGACAGAAUCUAUAAUGCUAGCCCUCGCCUUCGAGACCCCUGUAUUCCCUCGGAGUCAUGGCCAACAGAACCAGACACGGCAAGAGCUCGGCAGCACCGCCAUUCGAUAAUGUCGGCUUCUGACGCCCAGGAUCGCAGGUUGAGCCUGAUCAGUCUCCUCGACAAGCCGCGAACCAUCACGACCAAGUCACGUCGGUCCAUUGGGAAAAUCGAAACGAUAUUAGCCGGAGACAAGGGAGAAAGAGUUUCGAAAGCACCAGAGAACCCUAGACCAACGUACGUUGACCGAGGCACAGAUGCACGAAACGAUCAACCCGAGGAUGUUGCUUUCCAACCAAUCUUUCCUCCAAUUGAGGAUCUCGUCAUAUACUUCAAGGAUGAGUCUUCAGAUGCGGUACUAGAAUCUGCCGUCAAUACAUUCAGGAACAGACGAUAUCCUCAUCACUCGUUUCCUCCAUUGGCAGCCGAUGUUGCAAGUACGGCAUCUAUAACACUGGUCUAUCGACCUUUCCAGGACAAGGGACAUUUCGGAUCCGUUAUGGGCGCAGGUGAACCCAGCAUGGCUUCUCCUCAAGCCGAAGACUAUGAUCCAUUUGCUUACACGCAACCAAUGUGGCAACCGCAAAAGUCAGAAGAGCACGUUGAGACAGCACCCAUUGUGCGGCCCCCAACACCGGCACAAACGCCUCCACCAACCACGUUGAGAGACGUCGAGCACAAUGUCCAUGAAUUCCUCAUCACCUCAGGCCAUACAGCUGUAUCCGUGCAGAAUUCACUGCGGUCCAUCCUUGGCGAAUACUUUCCACCGGAUACCCAAGGCUAUCGCCAGUUCCAAUUUUCUCUCCUCCCAGAGCUUGACGAACUCUGGAAACCCAUCUUUCGAGGGGGAGAGCCGGGCAAUACACAGCGAAAUGACGGCACGGGCACAAAUAUAUUGGCCAUUGGCUCUCAGUCAGGUGUUAGAAAGGAAUACUCGCUAGCAGUCACCGGUAGAUUGGAAAAAGUUGGCAGGAAGUCGUGCGAAAUCGUCAAAACAGGUCGAGUUGACUUCAGGUACCUGCUUGCCAAUGCGAUGCAAGCUUUUACUGCCCAGAGACUGGCUCAUCAGACAUCCGACAAUCCAUUUACCAACUCAUUCUUGCUAGCCACCCUAAUCGUUCCCCAUCUCGAAACCUAUUUGGCGCUGCAUACCGAUGUGCGACAUCUGCUCCUCCUCUAUCCACCAGAGCAUUUAGCGACUGUUUUAGCAUUGCAACGACUUGUUGGAGUUGACGUCAUGAAAGUGGCGCAAAUUGUUGACGCAGACAGCAAGGAGGACUCGCCUUUCACCCAUAUUCGUGGUGCAUCAAUCAAUAGCAAUAAGCCCGAAGGCAAAACUUCGCGUUCAUUCUCACCCAGAUCUUCGUCCGAGGUUGACAUAUCCAAAGCCAACUAUCUGUUAACCUCCACCGCCUCUGAAGAAGACAUUGCCACCUUUGUAUCAACGGUAUGGGAUAUAAAGAUUGAACCACCUGCGAUGGAAAGCUCGGAACAGUCCACUGCGAGAGUUCAAAAGAAGAAGAGGCCUCCGCCACUCAGUAUACGCAAGGAGCCUAUGUCUUCAUUGCCCAAGGUUGCUGAUGAAACCCCAGAGUCGCCAAUAAGUAUCGGUCUGCCAGCUGCGUCUCUAAUAUCGCCUGAGCCUGCAUCGCCUAGUGCGUCCUUGCAUGAACCUUUGCCUGUUGAAACACGCAGGGCCCUGAAGUCGACGAAGAGCACCAAGUUCAGCCAAGGCAGGUUGAGGUCGAAAAAUGCUCAACAGGCGGAGGCUGAGUGCAUGGCUGACUACAACUUCGACGGCGACAGUGAUGAAGACAUGGAUGAGCGCAGACUGAUGCCGGUUUUCAUGCAAAAGCACUUGGUGCGCAAGCCGAACAGUCGUAAAGCACUCAAGUUUUUGGGACUUGCAUAG